GUCGGAAGUCGAAAUCGUAAAAUAGACAGUUUUAAAGUUACGUAGUGCGGUAAUAAAGUGAUAAAGAAUAUAUGCAUACGUUUGAAAGCAAGUUAAAAGAUACAUGUCAGCUGUAAAUAGACAGGAAACUCCCAUAUCGCUGCGUUAUUUCAGUUAAUUUUAUUUGUAUAAGCAUUCAGAAACACGAUGGAGCCCAGUUUUGAUAGUUGGGACUUUGCCGUGCUGAUUACCAUAUUGGCAAUAUCGGCUAUGAUUGGCAUUUACUAUCGCUAUACGGGCGGAAAGCAGAAAACAAUCAAAGAAUACCUCCUGGCCGAUCAGAGUAUGACCACAUUUCCGGUUGCUGUGAGUUUGAUGGCGAGUUUUAUGUCCUCCAUCACGCUACUGGGUGUUUCCAGUGAAAGUUAUCAAUUUGGCACCAUGUUUUGUAUAAUCAAUUUGGCAUACAUCAUAAGCACACCGAUUGCAGCGUAUUUAUUUCUACCGGUCUUCUAUCGCAUGCGUACCAUGAGCGUUUAUGAAUACUUGGAACGUCGUUUUGGUCACUCAACACGUCUCGCCGCUUCGAUUGCCUACUCCAUACAGAUGAUACUUUAUAUGGGCAUUGUACUUUAUGCGCCAGCCUUAGCCCUGGAAGCUGUUACCGGUGUGAGCAAAGCUACCGCGAUAUUGGUUAUUGGUUUAAUUUGUACCUUCUACUCGACUAUUGGUGGCCUAAAGGCUGUGCUGAUAACCGAUGUCUUUCAAUCGCUCUUAAUGUUCGCUGCCAUUUAUGCAGUAAUCGUGGUGUCGGCCAUCAAAGCCGGUGGUUUGGCGCCAAUUUGGCAGGUAGCCGAGGAGCGUAAUCGUAUAUAUUUCACGGACUUUUCUCUGGAUCCCACUGUGCGACAUAGUUGGUUGAGUCUCAUUGUUGGUGGUAUGGUGACUUAUAUGUCGUUGUAUGGUGUCAAUCAGGUGCAAGUGCAACGUUUAUUGAGUGUACGCAAUUUGAAGAGCGCCCAGGCGGCACUGUGGUGGAAUUUGCCAAUUUUGAGUUUGCUCAGUUUCAGCACAUUGUUCAGUGGUUUAGCGAUAUUUCACUAUUACAGAAAUUGUGAUCCACUACUGGAGGGUAGAAUACAAUCGAGAGAUCAAUUGAUGCCUUUAUUUGCGGUGGAUACAAUGGGUCAGUAUCCAGGCUUAUGUGGUCUCUUCGUAUCGGGUAUCUUCUCCGCCAGUCUCUCGACUGUUUCAUCAGCCGUCAGCUCACUAUCGACUGUAACGUUAGAAGACUACAUCAAACCAUUGUAUAAACACUUUACGAAAACACCGUUACAUGAAACUAAAUCAACACUGCCAAGUAAAAUUAUGGCCUGCAUUUAUGGGCUUGUCUGCAUCGGUAUGGCUUUCACGGCUGGUUCUAUGGGUGGCGUUUUACAAGCAUCUCUCACCAUUUUCGGUGUAAUUGGUGGACCAUUGUUGGCACUCUUCACACUCGGCUUGUGUACGACGCGUCCGAAUCAACGUGGCGUACUUCUGGGUCUACUAAUCGGUUUCAUAUUUUCCUUCAUUAUCGGUUUUGGUGGUCCGAAACAACCGCCCACCCCGUUAGAUUUUAAAGAUGAUGGUUGCUCAGCUGCUGGUAAUAUGACUCUAGUCGCCGCGGCCCUUACACAGGCGUUUAAUACGACAACCGCUCAACCAACAACAGCGUCGCCAACAAUUGAAUAUAAUUGGUUCUAUAGAUUGUCAUACUUGUGGUUCUCCGUAAUUGGUUUCUUAAUAACAAUAAUUGGAGGUUAUGUUUUAAGUUUGCUAUUGGAGGCCUUGAAAUGGGCUGACAAUAAACAAAUCUAUUUAGAUAGUCAGCAAAUCGAUGUAGACUUAUUCAUACCACCGUUGGCGCGAAGAUUAAGAAGGCAUGACAUUGAAGAAAUGACAAAGUUAUAAAGCGCUUUCCAAGCUAGCACCAAAACAACAAUAUACUUAAUUAUAGAUGAAAGUGCAAAAAGUAUUCAUGUAUAUAAAAAAGUAAUUAAUUUAAAUUCGCUUUUAUUGGUUAGUGCUUUGAAAGUUUAUUAUAAUGUCAGUGUGUGCUUAAGCUGUUAAGGGUUUCUUUUAAGUUAUCGUAGUUGGUAGAAUAUUUUUAGCAAAAUCGUUAAAUACUUCGAGUAUGUAUAUAUUUAUAGAUUAUUUGAUUGAUUUAGUACAAUUUUAGCGCUCUACAGGGCAUUUAUUUUAAAUAAAGUAGAGCCAAAAUAGUUGUUUACCCCAAAUUACAGCCAUUUUGAGGUUAACACUACACAAUUAUAUUACUACUACAUGUAGAUUAUAAUAUUAAAUUUUAUUUUUUUAGGAUCAAUGUUUUCAUAAAAUUUAUUUGUCAUUUAUUAAAAAUUAUUUUUAAUGUAUUAAACCCCUAAACAAUGUAUAUGAUUUAAUUAAAAGGAGCUUUUACUUAAUUAUUAAAAAACUUCUGUUCUAAAAUAUUGCAAACAAAGUUUCUACGCUUUUAAAGCUUUAAAGAAUGAAAUCACACUCAAAAAAUAUAACUUUAUAUGUACAGUAGUAUAUUCUCAGGGCCAGCUUAACCUAUAAAUUAUAUAGGCUAUGCAAUAUAUACAUACUUAUGUACAUAAAUAUUUUUCUUUAAAAUUUUAUUAAGUAAGUAAGUUUCGUGAUUACCUCAAAUUAUGUUGAAUGGUCUUUAUAAUAUUCUUCUUUAUCGAAAAAAUCUAAAACUCUUAGUUUAAGCACUAUAUUUCUUUUUUUAAUUAUUAAGCAAAUUAAAGUUUAUAUUUUAUUCAAUGAAAUGUUAAUAUUUUUUAGUGUUAUUCGUAUUUACAUAAAAAGAAAAAUAAUUCUGUUGUAAAUGUGCUCAAAAUAAAUUGUUACAAAUAUAUUUACUACAAUACUACACAUUUAUGUCAGAUAUAAAGAGUCUUCCAUUUUAACUGUAGUCAGCUGAAAAAAAUAUUGUAACGGUUUUAAUGCUGAUAUGCUGUUAAUAAACGGUGAUCGGUCGGUGACUUUGAAGCUUUAAUUUUUAUAAACACUGCGUAAAUGUAAUUACAACAAGAAAAUUGUAAAUAGUAAAAAGGAAUUGAGGAAUGUUUUUGCUGACUCGGCAUUUUUUGAAAUGAAAGCAGAUUAAAUUUUAUUUAUUAAUAUAUUUUUUAUUAUUAAAAAGCA